CACCUCGUGGGAAUAUGAACUGUAGAGACUGACGCGUCGAAGUUCCUACUUACACCCUGACAGUCAUGGCAGAAGAAAUCAUUCCAAUACCAAAUCUCAGCCUCCCGCAGCACCUGUUUACUGUCAGCACCCCGACUUUCAAGCAGCUUCACGACAAUGCAAGAAAGGAGUUGCUUGAAGGGAUCAAGGCCGACAAAAUGGCACCAUAUUAUCGGUUAGUAACCUCUACAGGUGCUCUGACGUCUGAUGCCACGUUACUCGAAUCGAUGGAGAAAGACAACGAGGAAGAGCUCAAGAAGCUAGAUGAGAGACUAGCAGAGGCGGAGAAGCAAGAAGGAGAAUCCGAGAUAUCAGACGCUUUGAAAGCCAGGGCUAAUCAUCUAACUCGAAUUGGUGACAAGGAACGUGCAGUCGCAGCGCAAAAACUUGCACUAGAAAAAACACCUGGCCUUGGCUCAAGGAUAGAUAUCGUACUCACACUCAUCCGACUCGGAUUAUUCUUCGGCGAUAAUGGCCUUAUCACUGAGAACCUUCCCAAAGCAGAAAAAUUCAUUGAGGAGGGUGGUGACUGGGAUAGGCGCAAUCGUUUAAAGGUCUACCGUGGCCUCCACAUGGUAUCCAUCCGUCAAUUUAAGACUGGCGGCGCGCUUCUCCUUGACGCACUAUCGACAUUCACUGCCACUGAACUCACACCCUACAACGAAUUUGUUGCUCUCACCAUCAUCAUCAAUGCCCUCACACUCAAACGAGUAGACCUCAAGAAACGGCUUAUUACUGCCCCAGAAGUUAUGUCCGUUUUGCCUGAAAUCCCGAUCCUUGGAGACCUCCUAAACAACCUUUACGACUGCCAUUACGCGAAAUUCUUUGUCGCACUCGCGACCCUUGAGCAAACGUAUCUCCUGCCCUCGCGACUCCUCUCGCCCCAUACCCGUUACUACGUACGAGAGAUGCGCAUUUUGGCGUACAGCCAACUUCUCGAGUCCUACCGCAGCCUCACUCUUGAAAGCCUUAGCGGUGCAUUCGGCGUCAGCGUCGAGUUUGUUGACAGUGAGCUCUCACGGUUUAUCGCAAACGGGCGUCUGCAUUGCACCAUCGACAAGGUGCACGGCGUUGUGGAAACGACACGACCGUCGCUCAAGAACGCGCAGUAUGACAAAGUUGUAAAGCAAGGCGAUGUCCUGUUAAAUUCCAUACAGAGACUGAGUAAAGUGUUGUACUAGUACCUUAGGGCCUUACGUCUUGGCGUAGUAUUAGACAAUACUACUGCUCAUUUUAAGUUCAUAUAUAAAGGGUGCGCAGAAGUGGGUACAU